CCCAUCCCCCUCCCCCUGCCUACCCAGUUUGACUUGUGGCAAAGAAUAUGGACUGCUAAGAGAGAAAAGGUAGCAGACAUCCCCGAAAAGAUUGCCAGUACUUUGAAAAGUGUUGAUCCAGCUUCUUUUCCAAACAUCUUCACCAUCCUACAGAUUCUUGCAACAAUCCCUAUUACAUCUUGUUCCUGUGAGAGGUCAAUAUCUUGCCUUCGUUAUCUGAAGAAUUAUCUAAGAGGCACAAUGGGAGAAGAGAGAUUGAAUGGCUUGGCAAUUGUGCAUGCUCAUAGGGACAUUGCCUUGGAUUUGGAUGAAAUCAUUAACUUAUUAGCUUCUCUUCAUCCCAGAUGA